AUGAUCUUCGACAAAUCUUCUCGAUAUUUAUCUAUUGUACGGAAAAGUCACGCUUUGAACAGUGGAGUAGUUAGUCUAAGAAAAUCGAACAUGUAUUCGCGUCAAACCAUUUGGCAUAAUAUUCGUGAGAUUAGUUGCUAUCCUGACGAAGAAGAAGUUUUGAUGAUGAUAGCAGAUAAUUGGAUCCUCUGGAUGAGAUUGUGUAGAGAUAAUAAUUACGAGUUGAAAACGUUUUUCGAUCGUAUGAAAAAAGAGUUUUGUGGAACGAACAAGGCGAUUUUAGGACAUUUCGGUAAUGUGUUUCGAUCGAUGGGUAAGUGUGAUGAUGCUGAGAAAUAUUAUCGUCGCCUACUAAAGGAACUAUCUGAAAAUCAUCAUAGGAUAUUUCCAGCUGUUACUGCGGACUUGGAAUUGUCGCUUGCAGUAAAGGCGAAUACAAGCAAAGUCCGAAAUAUUAUCGAAAAGCUCUUUACAUCCUUGAACGAAUGGAUCGGCAAUGUCUCGCUGACAUCAGUAGUGGCAUGGGUUCAAGCACUGCAUUUUUACGAGAUAGCAUUGGAUAUGCAUCGACAAAUAGUCGGCAUUGAUCACACUCAUGCAGCUAUAUGUUUUGGCAAUAUCUAUCAAGAGAAGAAGAACUAUUCUAAAGCACUCGAUUAUCAUCAGAAAGCAUUGAACAGAUGGGAACAAUCUCUUCGUGUUCAUCACUAUCAUUUAGGUUCUUUACACGAUAACAUCGGCAAUGUUUAUUACUAUCUCAAACAAUGUGAUCGUGCCUUGCAACAUUACAGACAAUCACUCGAUGUUAAAUCAAAAUCUUUACUUGAUUAUCAUCCUUCCAUUGCAAGUACACUAAAAAAAUAUUGGCAAAGUGUAUAA